AUGAAAUUUUUUACAAUCGCUGUUGCUGCAUUCGUUGCUUGUACAGAAGCUGCUGCAAUUUAUACUCCAGUUGGUAAUUCAGUUCAAGUGAAAGUUAAAAAAGAUGCUGAACCAAUUACUUCUUUCAAAGGUCCAUCUACUAAUGCUGUUUUAUUUGAAAGAGGAUUUCCAAAUAUUACAAUUCCAAUUGAACAAUUAAAUAAAGCUAUUGCAGAUUUAUUAAGUGGUAAUAUUAUUGGAUCAGCUGUUGAUUUUGCUGAAUUACUUGCUACAUUAGGUAUUGAUGCUGUUCAAGCUGCUGAAUUUGGAUUACAUGAAGGUGAAACUCUUUUGGGAUUUGUUGCUCAACUUGGUUCAAUCAUUACUCAUGAAGCUUCAGCUCUUCAAUCAGCAACUAAAAGAGAUAAAGUUGAUAUUUCAACUAGAGAUUUCCCAAACAUUACUAUCCCAAUUGAAUUAUUAAAUAAAGCUAUUUCAGACUUAUUAAACUAUAACAUUGUUGGAUCUGCUAUUGAUUUUGGUCAAUUACUUGCUACAUUAGGUAUUGAUGCUGCUGAAGCUGCUGCAUUUGGACUUCAAGAAGGUGGAACCCUUUUAGGAUACGUUGCUCAACUUGGUUCAAUUAUUACUCAUGAAGCUUCACUUUUACAAUUAAGAAAAAGAGAUUCAUUCCCAGACAUUAAUAUUCCUGUUGAAUUAUUAAAUCAAGCUAUUUCAGAAUUAUUAAAUGGAAGUUUUGGAAGUUCAGUUAUUGAUUUUGGAAAAUUACUUGCUACUCUUGGUAUUGAUGCUGUCCAAGCUGCUGAAUUUGGAUUACAUGAAGGUGAAACUCUUUUACAAUACGUUGGACAACUCGGUCAAAUUAUUGCUUCAGUAUCUGGUAUUUUGAAAAGAGAUUCAUUUCCUGAUGUCAAUAUUCCUGUUGCUCAAUUAAAUCAAGCCAUUGCAGAUUUAUUAAACGGAGAUUUUGGUACUUCAGUUAUUGAUUUUGCAAAAUUACUUGCUACCUUAGGUAUUGACGCUGCUCAAGCUGCUGCAUUUGGACUUCAAGAAGGUGGAACCCUUUUAGGAUACGUUGGACAAAUUGCAAGAAUCAUCGCUUCAUUGGUUGGUGCUUAA